AUGGCGAUCCUCAUAUCUUGUGUUACUUCCAAAGCCUUGGCUCUACACACAUCAGAGGAUUUUCGGCAACAGCGGAGCACUGGUAUAUCUGUAUCAUCUGUUCGCCGGCCAAUCCAUAUCGGCUUAACCACGAAGCCUCGGGGUAUCAGCCUGCCGAUAAGAAGAGCAACCCAAAUCCCAGCGGUCGGUGGAGACCCCGGAGAACUGCUAGUGCUAGGAGCCAAUCUCCCAACACCCGACUUUUCUUCAUGGGUCACGUGGCUUGUUGGUGCCUUCUUCCUUGCAGCGCCUGCUUACUGGCGAUUCAGAGCACUGGAAGAUAAGGCGGAGCAAACAGCAGAGGCGACAAUCGAGAUGGUCGAGAAGGUGGCGGAGGCGGCGGAGAGAAUCGCCGACGACGUCUCUGAAGCGUUUCCCGGUAAUGAAAGACUCAAGAAGGCAGCAUCCAGUGUCAAAGCCGUGGCAGAUGAGAUCGAAAAGGAUGUGGACAAAGCCGAGGCACUACUCCAUAAGGACUGCCUUCAUCACCCCAUCUCCACAAAUACCCUAGUGCUUCUGGAAGAAGUGAGCUGGGAAGGCAUUAGGACCCGGGGCCUUCGUAGAAAAAAUUUGAAACAGUGCAAUCUUUUCCUUCUUUUUUAG